AUGGCAGCAGCUGUUGGGGCUGGUGCACCUCCAAUACCUGUAGGUACGUUUGUUCUCAUCUCCAGGCCUCCUGAUUGGGACGAGGUUUAUAUAGCUGGCUACAAUCCAUCUGCGUCAGAGGCCCUAUGCCGAACGACCAGUCCAGAUGGAGCAGACUGGUGGUGGGUCAUGAUCCAAGUCUUGGGCUUGCAUAUGAGGUUGCCGGUUCUUGCAGCGGAUGGUACCCGUGCUGCCCCUCAUGGUGUAGAUGGCGAUGCUGUCAACUGGAUUUGUGUGCCCCCACAAGGGAAUGCCCAAUGGAGACCUUCUCCAGCCGAAAUUGUGAACGUGUCGGCAGAAGCCAAUUUGGUGAUGAUGCAGUACAACCAUGGUCACAACUGGCCAGUGAAUGUGCCUGGUGUUGGUGGCCCUUUGGUGUCAGUCCAGGCAGCUUUGGCUGGACCAGUGGCGCCAGGAGGUGCCGGCGUGGUGGGUGGCGCGGGUGGUGUCCCCGUGGCAGCGGUUCUGGGGCCCACCGAUCAAGGCGCCGCUCCCGAUGCAUCAAGCCUGAAAGCUUUGGAGGCCGCGGUGCAACAGUUGCAGGCUAUGGCGCUGAGCCCGGGUGGAUCGUCCAGGAAGCCCGAGGACAAGAAAAAGAAAAAGAAGUCCCGGAAAAGCAAGAAGAAGAAGAAACGAUCCAGGAGCAGUUCCCGGAGUUCAGCCAGCUCCAGCAGUUCGAGGUCGCGCAGUUCCCGCAGCAGCAGCUCUGGAUCACGCAAGAGCAAGCCCCUAUGUUGGAAGGAUCAUGGCAAGGACCGGAAGGUUCACCAGGCAGACUUGACACAGGUGGACAUGCUGAAGUUCAAGAAGCGGGGGGACUUGGUGGCCUUUGCCAGUCGCCAUCCAGGGGCACUCACAGCCCAUUUUCUGGCCGGAGUGUAUUCCAGACUCAGCAAAGGGUCUUUGAGCCGGAGUGGCCAGUUGAGGGAGCCUUCAGUGACUGCGUGGGCCCAUCAGUUCUCAGGCCUCACAGAGAUCCGGGACAUCAAGGAGGUGGUGACGCUUUCAGAAGUGUUGGAUGCCGUGAACAGGCGGGAGAUAGCUCAGGCCAUGGAUAUCGUUUGCCAGCGCAUUCUGGCAAUCCAAGCUGCAAAGACCAAAGGCGGCAGCUGGGAGAAGGCCGAGGCAAUAGAGCUGGUGAACAAUUCCAAGAGCCUGGCCAGCACAAGCAUGCUGGCGUUGACCAAUGCGGAUGUUGACAAUCUAUGUGCAUACUACGGGGGGAAUAUGGUUGUGGCUGCCCUUAAUUGGAUGCAUGGAGAGCGGGUAGAGCGCUUUGACAUUCUAUCUGCUGCUCAUGGGCGGGUGCACUCUCGGAUAGAGCGCAUCUUGCGGGCAUUCGUGAUGACAGACAUGCCCAUUCUGGAUCAUGAGGGUCUGGAUUCGUAUUUGCGGCAGACGCAAUGCUACACUGGUGCAGGUGUGGUGUUGGCCUUGGGGGUUAAGGGGGGCGUUCCUUCAAAAGCAGCUGAUGUUACAUUGGCAAAACAUUUGGGGAAUAUGUAUCCCGAGAUGGGAGAGCAAGUUGUCAAUCCUCGUUCCUUGUUACUUCCAUCCAAGCGGUCGGCGCUGGGAGAAGUGGCUCUGCGGGCCACCAGUGCGGCUUGUUUCAAGGGUUUGACUGAUGUGGUCACUCAUGAUGCUGCUUUACCUGAAGACUGUAGGUUACAUCCUGAUCACGUUGUCCCUGGUCAGUUGCCCAUUUGGGGUUCAAUUAUUGACGACAUCUGGGCUCUUGAGCAUGCAGAUGAGCCUGACUCGGGGAACAUUGGCCCUUCCUGGCUGUCUCAGGCAGAAGCUGCCUGGUGCGCGCGCGGGGUGGAGCCCAAUGUCAAGAAGAGUGUCGACGGCCUAGCUGAUCAAGAAGUUCAGGGCUAUUUCAUCCAUUCCAGAGAUCAUUGGGUGGGUGUUUCCCUGGACAAGCGCAGAUGUUUGUUUCAAGCCAGCAUGCAGGUCCUUCUCAAAAAGUAUGUCAUUGUAGGGGUGGUGGACCGGUUGAUUGGCAAGCACAGCUUCAUGCAUUCGUGCCGGCCAUCGCUGAGGUCCAUCUUCGAUUGCACCUACCGUUGGAUACAAGGCCUGCGUGAGAGGAGGCGUGCUGAUGCCAUCGCGUGGACUGCAGAGGACCGUCUGCGCAGGCCUGUUGAUGAUGACAGUCGCUUCAUCCAUCCUGUUGACUCUGCGGCGUGUUGUGGGGCUUUCUCGAAGGGUAGGUCCAGCAGCAGCCGAUUGAACAGCAGAUGCAGAAAGGUUUGUAGCGUGAAUCUAGCAGGUGGCCACGAUGUGUUUUAUCCCUGGAUGUCCUCCGGGGAAAAUCCAGCAGACACCCCGUCAAGAUGGUAUGAGCCAAGUUCAGCAGCUUCACUGCCGCAGGUGGAGUUGGCUUCUAGUGAGCCGGUAGCUGAUCUGCGGGAGUUGGGCCCGAGCAGACAGUCUCCCUGGUAUCCCUUGAGCUAUUGCACCGAUAGAGAAAGGGGGCUAUUGAUGGAACCUGGGCAUGGCCUGAGCCGGUUACAGGUUUUCUUGUUGAGCUCGUUAAAGCCGUCAACAAUCGAGAAGUACACCCAAGCUUUGCAAGACCUCAACAAUGAGCUUGAGGAACAGAAUGUGGUAUGGGCUGAACUUACUGAAGAGGAACGAGACUACUUCCUAGCUGACAUGUUGUUGGAUGCCUAUGAAUCUGAUGGGAGCCGUGUUUCUGCAGGUUGGUUGCUUUCUGCCUUGCAAAAAGUGUAUCCCCGCCUCAAGCUGAAAGUGGCUUGGCGAGUCUUUGACACGUGGGGCUUACUGCAACCUUCACGACAAGCACCGGCUGCUCCUCCUGAGUUGCUGCAUGCCAUGUUUGCGACUACUCUCAUGUUGAAUCGCCCAGUUCUUAGUGGCCUCCUCUUAGUCUGCUAUUGCGGCCUUCUGCGAGAGUACGGGAGGGCCUUGGUUUGCGUGGACGUGACCUCGUGCUGCAGACAGAUGGUUUGA